GUGUUUGUGCUGGACUCUCGUCCAGAAAAAAAAAAACCAUGAGCGAGAUGGGUUAGGGAGAAAAAAAAAAAAAAAUCACGUGAUCGCCUCUUCCUCGCGAACCCAUCAUUCGAAGCCUAGCGGUACAUUUCUCUGUUGGAUUUGUCCGUUUUCAAAGCGUGCAUUUGAACGAAAAUUCAUUCAUAAGAUGCAUUUGAAACGAACUAAGGAAUUCUAGCGAACCACGAAACGAAAGCACUUUUUGCCAGCUGAUCUGAAACUAUUCUUUGCAAGUGGGGAAAAAUACACAACCCUCGUCAUGGCAGAGAACAACUUCCCUCCCCUGCCUCGAUUCAUCCCCCUCAAGCCGUGCUUCUACCAAGAUUUCAACGAGAUCCCUGACCAGCGUCGCACCAUGUGCAAGCGCCUUUACUACUUGUGGAUAUUGAAUAGUGCCACACUGGCUGUUAAUCUGAUUGGCUGUCUGGCGUGGAUGUGCGGCGGAGGUGGGGCCACCAAUUUCGGCAUGGCCUUCCUGUGGCUCAUCCUCUUCACGCCUUGUUCAUACGUGUGCUGGUUCCGGCCCAUUUAUAAGGCCUUCAAAACUGACAGCUCGUUCAACUUCAUGGCGUUCUUCUUCGUCUUCAUGGCCCAGGUUGUGAUCAGUAUUAUACAGACAGUAGGCAUCCCGGGUUGGGGAGUAUGUGGCUGGCUGGCGACCAUCACGUUCUUCAGCACCAACAUCGGCUCAGCUGUAGUUAUGUUAAUCCCCACCAUCAUGUUCACUGCUGUGGCGGUGCUCUCCUUCAUUGCCCUCUCAAAGGUGCACAACUUCUACCGUGGCAGCGGUGGCAGUCUAGGGAAAGCCCAGGAGGAGUGGGCCACCGGAGCCUGGAAGAACCCCCAUGUCCAGCAGGCGGCCCAGCAAGCAGCCAUGGGAGCUGCCCAGGGAGCCAUGCAGCAGAACCAGUACUCUGCAGCACCCACCUACAAUUACGAUGACCCCAUGUAGGACGAUGAAAAGGUGCCGGCUUCUUCUGUAGGAGAGAUAACAAAAAGGGAUGAAUUAAGAACACAAUUCAUAAUUAGGUGCCCUUCAUUAAUAAUCACUUCACAAACUGAGAAGAAUAAUGUAGGGUAUUAGGUGCAAAUGUACUGUACAUUUAUUGAAUUUAAAUGUGAAUAAGUUACUUUUUGUAUGAGUGAAGAGGGAGUCUCCCUUUUUCACAUCUUCAUAGUAUCAACACAGGCCUUUAAUAUGUCACUAAACCACUUAUAAGAUCCAGCUUGUUCACUUUUUUGAUUUUUUGACUCCUAAACAUCAGAACAAGUGCCACUCCAUCGAUAAAUUAAAGAUUUUACUUAGUUUAGCCUAGUAAGACUAAGAGGAGGAAUACCAGGAGUCAAAGCACACAUUUUCAUUCAAAACCACAUAAAAUCCCAACAUGGGCAUUCUUCCACCAAGUUGUAUAAAUGAUAUUAACUAUAAUGGGUUUUAACAACAAUUUUGUAACCUUUGGAUGUUAUGCUAAGACAAAGUUGCAAAGCUAGCUUGUAUUGAUUCUGGGGCACUAGUAAAGUAUUAACUAUAACCACCGUUACAAUACAAGUGCUAAAAACCUUAUUAUGCUCAAAUGUCAAAGUCAUUGAAUUCAUCCUGUGUGGUUUUAUGCAGUAUUUUUAAAUCUGUAAGCUGCUGUAUAACCUUUUUUUUUUUUUUUAACCCACUGUAUCAUCAUUCAGUAGCAGCUCUGCAGCAUUCAAUGUUUGUGAUACACAUUGGUUGUGUGUAAAAGGGCAGAAUCUGAAGGGCCCUAUUUACAGCAGACUAUUAAAUUUAGAAAAUAUGUCUCCAUUCCACAAAUGAACCCAGUUUUGCUGCUUCAAUGGUCAGGAUGUGUGCUGUAAUAAGAGCGCAGUUGACUGGAAAAACAUUCCAAAACAGUGUCUUGAUUUGGACAUACAAUGUGAAUAGUCGAUGUUGUAGGUGGUCAAAGCAGUUUUCUCUCUGAAAAAUUCUGCCUUUUCUUGUAAAAUGCUUUAAAAAAAAUAUUACACACACACAUCCUUGUUUCGUUGUCAUUCUGUAGCUGUUAAGUGUGAUUCUACCAGGUGUACUAUAUUAACAAUGAAGAAAAUUACAAUAUGAAUUUAAAUGAGGUGAUCCAAAUGUCUUCGAGAUUCCCUAGAUGCUUAUUGCCAGUGGCACAGUGUUAGAUAGAUUUGAAACAAAUGUACAAAAAAUGUUACUGAUUUCUUGUCAUUUCCGAAAUGUGAUUUGUCUUGUCUGGUUGUGAUGAUGUGAAAAAUCUAAAUGCAGUUUUGUUUAACCUUUCAGUUGCCAUUUGGAUGAAUUUCAAGCACAUGUUUUAUUCCUCCAUGUUUUUAUUUUUUGUAUUUUUAAAAUGUAAGUAAAUUGCCUCUUAACAAAGGUGCUCAGUGUAAUCCAAGACUGUCAAAUUGCAAAAUGGUUUAACCUGUAUAAUUAGUGGAGCUCCUAAGUUUUGCUCGUAAAAUGAAAACCACUACUGUUUAUGGACUCUAUCCAGUGUUUACGUUACAUGUACACCAUCACUUGUACAGUGAGUGUUCGGCAGAUGUUCUUAAAUGCAUAAGAGUGCAAAAAAAAAAAAAAAAGUGACGUGAAUUUGUGAAUCAGACAAAGAUGCAUUGCAUUAUAGUGCUGUAUUAAAGCUUCCAAAAGCA